AGGGUUUUACACUUCCAUAUCAUAUCACCUACUUUAAAAAGACUUCCUUUUGCCUUUUUCUUCUCCUCCUUUCUGUAACAGAGAAUCCAAACCAGAUUUCUUCCUUUUAGUCUUGUUGAUUUCUUUCCCAAUCUUUCAGAAUUCCUCUGCAAUUCAGCGAUGGACUUCAAUCAACGGGUUGACAACGACAAGGCUUCAACAUACUUUGCUUCUGCUUCUGCUUCUGCUUCUGGUGAUGGCUACUUCACUGAACAAGCAUUGCGUGUGGGUUAUAUUAGUAGUGACAUGGUGAAGAAUGAUCCUUUGAGAAAUCCAACGAAUGUUGGAGCAUCCAUUCAGCGGGAGAUCGAGAAGGAGAGGAUAAGAGAAGAGAUCAUGGCUGAAGAGAGGCGGGCUCUUGAAAUAGAGGUCAGGAGGGAGUUGCUAUUGGAAAAAGAGUUAAUGUUAUUAGCUCUGCAGCGAAGGGCUCAGUCCCAUGGGCUUUCUUUAAUGGCUUCUUCAGCGUCAAUGUUAAGGGCUGAUCAGAGGCUCUCUAUGGUGAUUCAUCCAGAGGGUGGUAGUAGGCUCGACGAGAGUUUUGCUGCGCUUCCUAUUCGUGCUGAGGUUGGCAUGCAUCAAGCAGAAGGGGCUAAGCUUGAGGAGAGACUCUCGUUGCCGCUUCCUUCUGAAGUUGGGGUCGUGGAGAAGCUUCCGUUGCAGAGAACUUCAGAGCCCAGGGUGGGGGAUGUUAAGCCUCCUUCUGAUGUGGGCAAGGGGCAAGUUUUAUUCUUUGCAAAGCCUACAAGUUCUAUUCUCGCUGGAAUGAAAAGGAAAGUUGUGGAACCACAAUCAGCCAUAGCAAUUGCUGGUCUGCUUCCUUCAGCCGGUUCAAAGAAGAAACCCCAGGAGUGGAGUUGCGCUCUCUGUCAAGUAAGUGCAACAAGUGAGAAGGGUCUGAAUGAUCAUGUCCAAGGGAGAAAGCACAAGUCCAAGGAAGCUGCCCUUCUGGCAAGUAAGACAAUUAGCAAGAACACUGGUGGCUCGACUUCAUCAACAAAGGGAACUGAUAAGCCAACUAAGACUGCAAAUACCACCAACAAUCCAAAGAAGGGAAAGAAACAAGAAGGUAAUAAGCAGCAGCCUGUCAAGCAAGCUGGAGAUGCACCAGUGCAGAAAAAGCAGAAGACAGAAGGUUUGAAGAACGCUGGGAUGUCCCCAGUGCAGAAGAAGCAGAAGCCAGAAGCUUUAAAGAGAAAGUUCAAAUUUUGGUGUGAGAUGUGUCAGGUGGGUACUCACGGCCGGGCUGUUAUGGCCUCUCACCAGAAGGGGAGGAAGCAUGUAUCCCUGUUGGAGAAACUGAAGAAAGAAAAUGGAUCUAUCCCAGGCACAAAUACCUCAUCAGAGUCUACUCAUGACAAGCCCAAAAAUGUAGACACUGAGGCCAAGGAGGCAAAUGGGGAGACAGAAAAAUUAGAUGGGGAAGUAGAGGGAGUGGUAGAGGCUGAUACGAAGGAGGCAGGAAAUGCGAAAGAAGACGAAUCAGCUGAUAAAAAUGAGGCAGGUGAUGCAAAAGAAGAUGAAUCAGCUGAUAAAAAGGAGGCAGGUGAUGCAAAAGAAGAUGAAUCAGCUGAUAAAAAGGAGGCAGGUGAUCCAAAAGAAGAUGAAUCAGCUGAUAAAAAGGAGGCAGGUGAUGCAAAAGAAGAUGAAUCAGCUGAAGGAGACAUGGAUGGUUCAGGCCCAUCUUGUGUGUCAUCCCAGCUUUAGGUAAGUAGUGAAAGUCUGAAAGAGAACUUGGUUAUCUGGAGUGGGACCAAUGAUCUAUUGAGCAGUCCUCUUUGUUAGUUAUUAAAUGUAGUACUAGGUGAUCCCCCCUUGUAGCACAACUUCCUUUGUUCUGGCUUAUUUAGUGUUCUAGUGGUUCGCUUUA